UUCACGAUUACGCGUCAAGAUUGACGUCGCAUCGCCGCGAUAUCGCGAAAAACGAUAACGAUUAGGCUAGUGCUUACGUCGAUCGCGGUCUAUCCUUGGGCAGAUUGUUAACGUUACCUUGUAAAUCGAUUGGCCAUUAAUUAAGGCCUUUACGCCAAAGUAACGAGAACGUAUGCGUAUACUUACCCAAAGGCGCCUAAAUGGUUCAAGGCAUACCGUCCAGCUUCGAUUACGUUUCCCCUCGACAAAUGAGAGCGAAAAGCCUGCCUGAAUUUUGUAGACAGGUUUUUCCCUCUAUCCAUUAAGAAUAUCCAUUAAGGAUUUACCGACAUUAAUAAGUGAUCGGAAUUGCAAGGAAAUGAUUAAGUCGCCGUUGUCAUCAGCUGUUUCACUGCGCUCCCCAUUAGUGGGCGUUUAUCCGCGCAUUGACGUCCGCUUCUAAAUGGCAUUUAGGAAUAUUUACACUCGCCAAUUACAUCACCCCAAGAUUCGCUUUUCGCGGCCGAGCAAGUGCAGAAUUUAUCGCAAGAAUUAUUUCAGCCAGUCGGUGAAUAGUAAACGAUACGAUAUCGCGUUAUGUAUGACGCGGGAAUUUACAUACGGGGGUGUUUUCGUAAAGGAACUCGGUGCUUCCGAUCGCAUUCACGUAAACGUGACAGUCUUACGACUGACUUGACAGUGUCAACGUGAAUGCCGGAGAGAAGUCGACCGUGCCGACGAACCGUAUUUCUGACGCGCGGGUUCACUAGGUGGUUAGAUGCGAGCGGUGAACGGCGCGCGAGCGUGCCUACUUGGCGGCACGGGGGUUGAGUCUUAGGAGAGGAGGGCCAGGACCGCGAGGACGAGGAUCAGGAACGGAGUUCCAGUCUGGUUUACGGCAGGGCACUGGAGGGUCGUUUCUCCACCUCGACGCCCUAUCACCGCCGAGCCCGUUUUCUUAUUGGGAACAGCCUCAAAGAGGAACGGCCUGCGUCGUGCUCCGUCAACCUGAGGAACCCGGGACGUCCGGUGCCCGUUGGCAACCGUCAUCAGAAACGAGACAACGGAGUCUGACGUUAGUACCUGAGGACGCUCCCUGGCCCGGGGGUGACCUCCUCUGAUACUCCGAUAUUCUUGUGGAUCGAUUCCGAAGCGAAGUAAUCAUGGCCAACGGCGUGCCGGUACUUCUCAUCACCGCCAACGUGGGGAGCAUAUUCGAGGAACCCAGUGUCAUGCUGAAGAUAUGGACCGAGGAAUUUUUAUCAACGAUAUCACGAUUGGAUCCGAAAUUCAUAGCACUUCACUGCCAGGAAGUUGGUGGCAAAAAUUAUGAACAGAGCAUGAAGCACGUGGAAUAUUUUGUUAGAUUAUUGAUGUCCUCGGAGGAGCUAAGGCUGUUCGACAGAGUACGAGUCUUCCUGGAUGAGGAUUAUUCAUCGGCCGAACAUUUUACGGCACUCGGAAACUUUUAUUUUGUACACGUAUCUUUAAAAGAUGUAUUACUCUGGGACUUUAAAGAGUGCACAUUUGUACCGGUCAGUGGCAAAGAGGUGCACUCUGGCAAUAUAGAAGCCGUGACUACCAAAGAGAAGGCAAAGUUUCCUCAAGAUUUCUUUCCGGAGUGCAAGUGGUCCCGGAAAGGAUUUCUACGGACGCGAUGGAACAUCGGCGGAACUGUUUUCGAUCUCAUAAAUAUACACUUAUUUCACGAUGCCAGUAACUUUAUCGCCAUGGAAACGUUUCCAUCGGUGUACAGUAAAACUCGAAGAAGGGCACUCGAACACACGCUCGACAGGUUUCAUAAUGACCAGUAUCCAAACGUACCGUAUUUUUUAUUCGGGGACUUCAACUUUAGAACGGACACAGCCGGCGUGAUCAAGAAACUAACGGAAGAUACUCACGAGAGCAGGCUGUCGAGUAAAGGUAAUAUUUCCAGAUUGCAGUUCCGUAACAAGGAAGAGGAUCUGAUUUUGACAUUAGGAAAGAAGGAGUUCUCGCACUGUCAACAUCAGAAUGUCUUUAUUAAAAACGGCGGUCAAUGGUUACGAGAGUACGACAAGGAAUUAGAGGACUUUGACGGAAGGUUGUUCGAGUUCCCCAUCAACUUUGUACCGAGCUAUCCUUUCGAGGAAGACAUCAAGGAGGGCACCAGCUACAUGCAAACGAGGGUACCGGCUUGGUGUGAUCGCAUCUUGCUAAGCCCCACUGCAAAGUCCCUAGUCCAAAACAUGUCAUCUCCGAAUGCAGUGGAGUACGGAAUCAUUGGUCCAUUGACGUGCAUGGGUGAUCACAAGCCGGUCUACCUGAGGGCCAUGCUCGCCUCGGACGCAGGUACGAUAGAGUGCUGCAGCUUGUCGAACGCCCCCGAGUUUUGCUUUCGAGUGCCUGACCAUUACGUGGAGUUGUUGUCGAUGUUGCCUGAUUGCCGUAGUUACGCCGGGACUAGGACGUUCCCGGUGGAUUCGUCCCACCUGUUGCACGCAGUGCCUGUCAAGCAUGAUCCCUACACCCCCGACAGCAUGGACAGUCCGAGUCCGAACGCGAUCGCGGCUUCCGGGGAAAUAGGCGACCUGGAUUACGGCGUGGCCAACAGCGUCGCGGCAGACCUGGUCGCCAUGGAGACCGGGAGGACGCCGCGAGCUGUCAAGCGCGUGGACCGGGCGGUCUCGCCUGCUCUCUUGAAGUCCCGGCUCGAGCUGAUCGCUCGCACCAAGGAGAACAACCCGGACUCCGAGCCGGAGACCUCGGACAUGAAGCGCAGUCCCAGCGAGUGCCACCUCCGGUCGUCCGCCGAGGACCAGCAGUGGACCGUCAGGAAGAACCGCAGCAACAGCGACGUCUCCUGGCAGCGAUCGCACCUUCUGACCCAGGCCUGGAUCCAGGGCAGAGGACGACAAGGGUACUACUCCUUCGGGAACUUCACCCACCAUUCUUCCUCGGGAUCCAGUCCCGCCGAGGGGGCGGAGGGCCUGCCCCCGGAUCUCGUCAUUCCCAGGAUAGCCAUCAUCAAUGCGAGCAACUUCGAGUCCAACGAGAGCUCCGUUCACCUCCACGGGGAGGACAGGCUCGCGGCUUGUGCGGAUCACAGGCUCAGUGCUUCCUAUUCCGAUGACAGGACCAAGACCAGUGCCGGGAGCUCCAACCCGGAGAGGUCCGAUGACACCGGUCGCAAGACCGACGAUGACGAGAGGCUGAGUUUCGGGGUGGUCGAGCUCCCCUGCGAUGACGGCAAGGAUGUCACUAGGAGGAAUCAGUAUAUGGACCUCGAAGUCGUUAGGGUGAAGGCCCUGGAAGGUGGUGUGCUCGUCGAGAGCAUCAUCGAGAGCGUCCAAGGGGAGCUAAAUGACAGGUGGCCCGAAGACAGGAGCAACUACUGCAGGAAGAUUAUGAAUCAAACGGUAUCCAAAGAUGUGGAGGCGCGAUGUCGAGUCGCUUACGAGAGUCCGGAGGGACUCCUCGGGGGGGAGGUCGAAGAUGGAGAGAGAACGAAGCCUCCUGGACUGGAGCGUGAUAAUAAUGUGAUAAGCCCGGAUACGUAUAAGAGUAACGUAGCGAGGAGAGAUGCGCGAGUGGAAAGAUCCGACAGCAGGCAGGAGGUCACUUCUAAACACACCACCAGAAGUAACUCCCUGCAGAGUCAGGACACGAAGGACGCUUUUGGGAACGUCAAGUCGAUGUCGAAGGCCUGCAAGGUCUCCGAGAAGUACGGGCACGAUUUCGCGGAGAAAAAACGCAGAUGUCGGAAGUGCUGCUGCGUAAUCUGUUAACGGCAGACUAACUAGUAGUCUAUUUCCUAGAUAUUUAUUUUCACUUUUAUUUAUUUCGUCGUAUUUGGCAGAGGUAGUUUCCCUUCACUUGUGGUUUCCCAUUUAGAGGUCCUCUUAUCUUUUUUUUCCUUUUCUUUUUUGAAAGUGCCUUGACGCAGUCAUUUAAAUUAUUGCCAACCUUAGUGGAUGUAUAAUGUUAAUUUAUUGGAAACGUAGCGUCGAGACGACGAGCGUAGAUUGCCUCUAUUGCACCGCUGUUGGCGGAACGUUGCAACUGUCUUAAGGCUUGAUUUGUCUCUGUCGAGGUUUUUCAUGUGCCCAAAUGUAGACUAGUCAGACGUUAACUAUUUACACGGUAUUCUUCGGGGUCAGGGCUUAAGGCAGCUGCAAUCGCACCCUUAAUCAGUGGCAUCCUUCGGAUCAAAGAAAGUAUUAGACCCUGUUACUUUAUCCUCUCGUCACGUUGUUGCAAUCGAACUGCCUCCGGCACAUGCAUGAUACUCAAACCGAUGUUUACUGUACGUAUUCCUCGAAGGUGUAACUCAGUGUUGCGCUUUCAGGUAAUACCGUCAAUUGUGUAGACUAGCAGAUGUUAACGCGAAUCGAGUGCAUUCGCCGUGUUACAGUACUUUAGGUAGAGCUUGUUGACCGUGGCAGGGCCAGCUCCUUCGUGCCCACAAUUGACCUUUUAAACCGUUAAUCAAACCUUACAUGUAUUUUUUAUUCCUAAGAUGUCUUAUCAAUUGUUGCACUUUGUGGGCAAACCGGGACGCUGCUCCUGUCGUUGUUACGUUAUGCCAGUGUAGAUGUGACUGAUACUUGGAAUCUACUGCCAAAGUUAGCUAUUUUUAUUCCGUUUUAAGUGGAUAGUUUCGUUUGCGGUGUACCUAGGGAGUGUACGGUAAAGCUUAUGUCGAGCUUACGGCUCGAAUUUGCAAGAGAAACGAUUGUUAUCUGCAUUUUAAUAGCACGGAUCGAGCGAGCCCUGAAAUCCCGAUGUGACUGACGAGGAGUGACGAAUGAGUUCCUGAUGAGGUGCAUUGUGAAUUAAAGCGUGCAACGUACUUCCUUUCUGUGAAACAAUUGCAAAUUCACCGGACAAUACGUCCCUUUAGCGUUUCCAGGGGGACUUUUAUCUGGGAGACGCGGGUCGAAUUCGAAUUCAAUUUUUUUUCUAUACCAUUUUACGAGGCUCUUUCACAAGCACUUCCUGAGAGACUCGCUCGCACGUCGCGGUUUCAUACAAACCAUAGGGUAGAGUUGUACCAUUCCGUUGUACUUCAUUAACGUAGAGCCGGCAAUUCUAAGACACUUAAGACUAAUGAGAUGUACCCCGAGCCGGUACCAAACUAUUUUUAAUUAGGACACGGAUGGGCGCCUUUUCUGGCGUGACAAUAAUUUGUGUUAAGAGCAUGUCCUAGAAUCUCAGGUUGACGUUAUUCCUAUGUCGUUUUCCUUUUUUUUUUCAUGUAGCUUAGGAAAAUCGUUACGAAUAUUUUUGAUACACUCGAGAGAUGCUAAUGGCUUCGCGAGAUCGUUAGCAGAAUUUUUGGAGCGAUUCCGAAAUCGAAAUCAAGUGCCUAUUGUCGAAAGUCUUCGGGGAUUUUAGGCCGAAAUCUCUUUGGAAAGUUCCGAUUAAUCGGAAACCACGAGGAACGGGUUAAACGUUUAACGUUAAAAUAUUCCUAGGUAAACAGGGGCAACUAUUUUUGCAACAUCCUACCUCUUCCUCGCAAAAAGACACGCGUCUCGAGAACGUUUGUCUCUGCGAUUCGGUUAUUUGCCUUUCUAUUUCUUUGUUUCUUUUUUCUAAGUCGCAACCAGCGAAAUUUCAGUGCAUUUCUUUCCUGGAUCUGUUUCGGAUCACUUGUAAAUAAUUUCAGAACCGAGCACAUCCUCUUCUCUGUAAAUAUAAAGGCAUAUUUUUUUAUACACCACCGA